AUGGCGACUCCGAUCGGUUCUCCCCGUGUCCCCUCGACUGUCGGUUCUUCACUAGUGACGCCAGUUGCUCGGGAUGUCGUGGAGCCCGAUGAUAGUGCCCACGCAUCUCGCUGCACUGCGCCCGCCUCGCACGCUUCGCUCGCUCGCUCUGCUUCGCUGCUUGCUUCGCCGCCUGCUGAGGACGAUCAGAGAGCUCAGCACCAUGCGCCGCCUUUGCCAUGCUCUGCUGCUGCUGCUGCUUUCGCAACGCCUGGCACGAUGCCCGCCGGCAUGCUGCCUGCUUCUGCCACCGCUCGUGCUUUGCCUUUGUUGCCUGCCUUUUCUGCGUCCGCUGCUCCUGCUGCUUCCGCACCUACCCUUCUUCCGCCCGAUCUUUCAGCUUGUCCUCUGUCCCUUCGCGGGGAUCCAGAGGGCGCUCGGGCCCUUUUUGGGUCCGGGCCGGACGGCCGUGGUCCACCGAUAUCGGACCCGGCGUCCUUCCGCCCACCGCGCCCCGAUUCCUACGGGCCGGUGGCUGGCCGCGGUGGAGCCUCGCUCCCCGAUGAGCCCAUGAGCGAGCAUCCGGGUGCACCCCAUGAUUCCGUCGCAACGAUUACCGCGGCGGGUCAUGGUGGUGCCGCCCCCGCCAUCGAUAACGGCGGGUGGCAUACCGGACCCUGUGCUGUCAGGGCCCUGGUCGAUGAAGCCAUUGGGUCGGAAGCAUCCGCGCGCAUCGCCACCGAUAUUCUGGCGAUCGCGCAGGGUGUGACCAACACCCAGGCCGACCUCGAUAUACUGAGGAACGGCGUCUCGGAUAUCACCGAAGCGCUUGAGAGCAAGAUCCGAGACAUGUGGGAGCUUCUUCAGGCCGAAUUGAGGAAAGAGCGUGAGCUGUUCAUGCAGUUUCAGGACUCUUUUCGCGAGAGGCGGAUUUCUGAUCACGAAACGCUUGAAGAUCAUUUUGCGAAGCUCACCUCGACGAUCAAUGAUCGACUUAAUGAGUUUGAUGAGCGGAUCCAUCAGUUCAACGAAAAGCGGGCUGGAUCGCUAUCCAUGCAGCUUGCCGAAACGAUCCGCCACAUCAAGCAGUACCCAGACGCGCUGAGGCAAAUUCAGAUCAAUAUCUCAAAUGCUGAGGCGCAUAUCGCUACGGUUGAGCAGAAUGCUACUCACCGUAUCGAGGUCAUUAGAACCGAAAUGAGCCGUGCUCUCUACGAUCAUAAGGAGAGUAACCGUGUGCUCAUCGAUCAGCUCACUGCUCGCAUUCAGCAUCUUGAGAGUUCUCAUGUCCGUAGGGGUGGUUCUGACAUGUCGACACCUUCGCGUCCGGAACGGACGCAGUUCUUUGACAUCAGUGACCAUGAUGGGGAUAUCCCACGUCCCGCGGACUUGCCGCCAGUUCCUGGUGCUCUAUUCCCUGGCGGACCGACUACAGCCAUUCCGAGAUCUUCUUUGUUGGGUCCGAUUGAUCAUGGCUCUCCGCCGGGAUGCAAUGCUGCGCCUGCUGAAAAGGCCUCAACGGUGCACUCUCAGACGAGUGGCAUCAAUCUUGAUGACAUUCUGAGACGCGCGCAGCAACGGGUCGCUGUUGAUCAUCCUCCUGAAAGUCGCGGGCAAAAUAAUCCUGUUGAGCCCGUCCGACAAAAUUAUGGCCAAACGUCUGCCUCUUUUUCAGGAAGAUCUCCGAUUCCGACCGUUCCGUCCGCAAAUGCCGCCGGAACAACAUCCGGCCAAGCUCCGAGUGUCAGACCCUUCCCUGUCGAUGAUGAUCUGGCCAUUCGCAGUGGCGUCCGCUAUGACCCUGAAACCCAGAGAUUUGCUCCAGAGCCCAAGCGGAGCCCUACAUUUCCGUGCCAGAUCUCAUAUGAUACGCGAACUGUUCCGGCAGGAAAGGGACCUUCAAGAUGGUAUGAUGCAAUGCUUGGCCGAUCCCAUCUCAUUGGCAGCGGUCCUGGUGCACCUAUUCUCCAAAGCGAGACUGGUACCUUCACGCUAGCACCGAACGCAAGCGUCGCUGGGACACUGCGACCUGCUGCCACUGAUGAUGUCGAUGGAUGGACUAUGCCUCCGAUGCCCACCUUUAAUGCUGGAACAUCCGCACCUGCACCCAGUGCUGCGCCAUCCGGAUUAGGCGGACCGCCGCCCGCGCAUGGCGGUGACGGUGGUUCUUUCGGUGGUGGUGGCCCCAACGAUAACGGGGGUGCAUAUGGUGGUGGUUUUGGUGGACAUGGACACCAUGGGUCCGGUUUCGGCCCUGGUGGCGGUGGUGGACCACCCAGUGGCCCGCCCAGUGGCCCGCCCGGUGGUGGUGGCCCUCCUGAUGGGAAUGGCCCGCCUGAUGGUGGACUUGAUCCGCCUAGCAUCAGGCCCUCCGGCCGGCCGAGUGGGAAUGAUACUUUCCAGUGCGAGCGCUGCACCGGAACUUUCCCAACCACCGUGCGGCGAUCGUGCAUAUCUUGCCGAUUCUCGUGUUGCAAUGGAUGUUGCCGAGAUCCUUUGAGAAUAUGUCUCGUGUGUCUUGAGAGACAGACAGGGAAUCCGCCCGGUCCCAACGAUACGGGAUUCGGUGGACCCAAGGGCGAUGGAUCGCUGAACGAGGCUAAGAAGGCGAAAUGCAAGUCCUUCCGACUCGAUCCCGAGCCGGAGCCCGCUCAGCUGCGGCGCUGGAUCGUCGACAUGAAGGAGCGAGUUGCAAACGCAUUCGCAUACGAUCCCGGAUACGCACUCUCGUGGGUUGAGAUUCCCGAUGGUACACGAUAUGAGGAUCUCCUUGAUGAGUGCAAAUACGGAAUGCUUGAAAAUGAGUGCAACUCUGCUUUCCGUGAGUGCGUCCGAUCUAUUGCACUGAAGAGUAAGAUCCAGACCGAGACCGAGCGCAUGCAUACGAUAAACCGGCGACUCGGAAGUAGGCAGAUCUUGUGGCUAUUGUAUGAUUUCCUUCGGCCACAUGUUACCGGCGAUUCGACUUUCAAGCUCGUUGACCUAAUGAAGACCGCGAUUGAUCGGUUUACUCAUGGAUCCGAGCAGGAAAGGCUGGAAGCAUUCUCCAAUCGGUGGGAUCAUGUUCUCGCUGGUAUCUCCGUCGAUCGCCCCGAAGACCCUGUUCUCUGCGCCCUCUUUUAUGAGCAGGUGCGUGAGUUCCGCUGUCUCGAGCUCGACAUGCAGCUGUGGGACAGAGACGUAUCCGUACGGAACUACGCAUACCUGCGAACUGUCUGUGUCAAUGCGAUUACAACUUGGCGCCGACGACGCAAUCAGGAGAAGAUGUACACCGCUACGAGGUCUACUUCUGCGCAGAGACGAUACGCUGAAAGGGAGUCCGUACCGAAGGAGCUCGCCGAGGCGCUCGUCACCCAGACGAUCCUCCCCGCGACGCGGGUCGCCAAGGCGAUAUUCCCGCAGUCCGGGACGAGCGGCUCCCGCACCGACUCGCCCGAUGUCGCGAUCCCCGCGAGGCGAAGGGCACACAUGAAGGCUGUGCUUUGGAGAGAGCAGGUUUUGCUCGAUGACGUUGAUGCCAAAACGCUAGGAAAUGUAGUGGCUGGUCGACCUGAUCUCCCUCGUGUGUAUCCGGCACUCCCAGCACCGAUCAUUAUUCACGAGAAAAUCGUGGCUGCGGGUGAAGAACCUGUGGGCGAGCUGGACGACAUCGGAGAGCUCGAUCUUGAUAUGCCCGGUGCUAAAGGUGAUCAGCAAGGUGCACCUGACGAUACCAAGAAGGUGCCCGACAAACCCAAGCAUCAGUCGCCGCCCGAUGAACCGAGGGCGCGCGAUCUGAGGGAGGAGGCUAAGUCCAUCCGUCACCUCAUGACCCAUCUACCUAAGAAUCCCUACUGCGAUGCAUGCCAACGUGCAAAGAUGGAAAACGUUAAGUCGUUUCGCCAAGACUCACCACGCGAUAAAGGGUUUGAGAAAUUUGGCGAGCACGUCACCAUCGAUACUAUGGUGUUGCACGGGCUUGGCAAUCGCGGGAAUAAUGGGGAAACAGAUGCUGUGGUCUUCUAUGAUCUAGCAACUGAGUGGUUAGAGAGUGUUCCCGUCAAAGGGAGGACGAAUGCCGACACGCUUCGAGCGUUUCAGCAGGUCUUCGGCGAUCUUCAUGAUGUGAACUCGUUCUCCAUGGAUGUGGAGAGAAGGUAUGCACCUUCUGCGAUCCGGGAAAUCUACUGUGAUAAAGCCCGUGAGUUCAUAUCGACCUGCAAAAGGGUCGGCAUCUCUGUAAAGCAUUCCACUCCUGGUAUGCCUCGCACUAAUGCCAUUGCCGAGAGCAAAGUAAAGCUUGUCCUUCAUGGCGCACGAGUGGCGCUUCGACAAGCGGGCCUGAGCGCCAAAUUCUGGCCUUAUGCGUGUAAGCACUUCUGUCAUGCUCGCAACAUCGAGUUACGCGAAGGACAAAGUGCGUAUUCGCUACGAUUUGAUGGCGCCGAAUUUGAUGGUCAGAUUCUCCCAUUCGGGUGUCUUGUGGACUUCUAUCCCACGCCGGCGCGGAAACAAACCCGGCGUAGCCAGAAAGAUGAAGUCGUGCUUGGCGAUGGUGAGGAAUAUGCCGUACCUGCACCUGGAGAUGAUGGAUUGGUCUAA